CGCUUCCUGGUGGCGGGUCCGGGCGGGCGGACGGGCGGGGCGGAGUAUAAAGGGGGCGGCUCCGGCCGCGGUCUCCUCCCUCCUGCUUACUCGGCGCCCGCGCCUCGGGCCGUCGGGACCGGAGCCUCCUCGGGACCAGGACUUCAGGGCCACAGGUGCUGCCAAGAUGCUCCAGGGCCCCUGCUCCAUGCUCCUGCUCUGGGGAAUCCUGGGGGCCACCCAGGCCCAGCAGCAGGAGGUCAUCUCGCCAGAUACUACAGAGAGAAACAACAACUGCCCAGAGAAGACGGACUGCCCCAUCCAUGUGUACUUCGUGCUGGACACCUCGGAGAGCGUCACCAUGCAGUCCCCCACGGACAUCCUGCUUUUCCACAUGAAGCAGUUCGUGCCGCAGUUCAUCAGCCAGCUGCAGAACGAGUUCUACCUGGACCAGGUGGCACUGAGCUGGCGCUACGGCGGCCUGCACUUCUCCGACCAGGUGGAGGUGUUCAGCCCACCGGGCAGCGACCGGGCCUCCUUCAUCAAGAGCUUGCAGGGCAUCAGCUCCUUCCGCCGUGGCACCUUCACCGACUGCGCGCUGGCCAACAUGACGGAGCAGAUCCGGCAGCACGGCACCAAGGGCACCGUCCACUUCGCCGUGGUCAUCACCGACGGCCACGUCACCGGCAGCCCCUGCGGGGGCAUCAAGCUGCAGGCCGAGCGGGCCCGCGAGGAGGGCAUCCGGCUCUUCGCCGUGGCCCCCAACCGGAACCUGAAGGAGCAGGGCCUGCGAGACAUCGCCAGCACGCCACACGAGCUCUACCGCAACGACUACGCCACCAUGCUGCCCGACUCCACCGAGAUCGACCAGGACACCAUCAACCGCAUCAUCAAGGUCAUGAAACACGAAGCCUACGGAGAGUGCUACAGGGUGAGCUGCCUGGAAAUCCCUGGGCCCCCUGGCCCCAAGGGCUACCGUGGACAGAAGGGUGCCAAGGGCAACAUGGGUGAGCCGGGAGAGCCUGGCCAGAAGGGAAGACAGGGAGACCCAGGCAUCGAAGGCCCCAUUGGAUUCCCAGGACCCAAGGGCGUUCCUGGCUUCAAAGGAGAGAAGGGUGAAUUUGGAGCCGACGGUCGCAAGGGGGCCCCUGGCCUGGCUGGCAAGAACGGGACCGAUGGACAGAAGGGCAAGCUGGGGCGCAUCGGACCUCCUGGUUGCAAGGGAGACCCCGGAAACCGGGGCCCCGAUGGUUACCCAGGGGAAGCAGGGAGUCCGGGGGAGCGAGGAGACCAAGGCGGCAAGGGGGACCCUGGCCGCCCAGGACGCAGAGGGCCCCCGGGAGACAUCGGGGCGAAGGGAAGCAAGGGGUAUCAAGGCAACAACGGAGCCCCAGGAAGUCCUGGUGUGAAAGGAGCCAAGGGUGGGCCUGGGCCCCGCGGACCCAAAGGCGAGCCGGGGCGCAGGGGAGACCCCGGCACCAAGGGCAGCCCAGGCAGCAACGGCCCCAAGGGGGAGAAGGGGGACCCUGGCCCUGAGGGGCCCCGCGGCCUGGCUGGAGAGGUUGGCAACAAAGGAGCCAAGGGAGACCGAGGCUUGCCUGGACCCAGAGGCCCCCAGGGGGCUCUUGGGGAGCCCGGAAACCAGGGAUCUCGGGGAGACCCCGGUGAUGCAGGACCCCGUGGAGACUCAGGACAGCCAGGCCCCAAGGGAGACCCCGGCAGGCCUGGAUUCAGCUACCCAGGACCCCGAGGAGCACCUGGAGAAAAAGGCGAGCCUGGCCCACGCGGCCCGGAGGGAGGCCGAGGCGACUUUGGCUUGAAAGGAGAACCUGGGAGGAAAGGAGAGAAAGGAGAGCCUGCGGAUCCUGGUCCCCCUGGUGAGCCAGGCCCUCGGGGGCCAAGAGGAGUCCCAGGACCCGAGGGUGAGCCUGGACCCCCUGGAGACCCUGGCCUGACGGAGUGUGACGUCAUGACCUACGUGAGGGAGACCUGCGGGUGCUGCGACUGCGAGAAGCGCUGUGGUGCCCUGGACGUGGUCUUCGUCAUCGACAGCUCCGAGAGCAUUGGGUACACCAACUUCACACUGGAGAAGAACUUUGUCAUCAACGUGGUCAACAGGCUGGGCGCCAUCGCUAAGGACCCCAAGUCCGAGACAGGGACGCGCGUGGGCGUGGUGCAGUACAGUCACGAGGGCACCUUCGAGGCCAUCCAGCUGGACGACGAACGCAUCGACUCCCUGUCGAGCUUCAAGGAGGCAGUCAAGAACCUCGAGUGGAUCGCGGGCGGCACCUGGACACCCUCGGCCCUCAAGUUUGCCUACGACCGCCUCAUCAAGGAGAGCCGGCGCCAGAAGACACGCGUGUUUGCGGUGGUCAUCACGGACGGGCGCCACGACCCUCGGGAUGAUGACCUCAACCUGCGGGCGCUGUGUGACCGCGACGUCACAGUGACGGCCAUCGGCAUUGGGGACAUGUUCCACGAGAAGCACGAGAGCGAGAACCUGUACUCCAUAGCCUGCGACAAGCCACAGCAGGUGCGCAACAUGACGCUGUUCUCCGACCUGGUGGCUGAGAAGUUCAUUGACGACAUGGAGGACGUCCUCUGCCCGGACCCUCAGAUCGUGUGCCCAGACCUUCCCUGCCAAACAGAACUGUCCGUGGCACAGUGCACGCAGCGGCCCGUGGACAUCGUCUUCCUGCUGGACGGCUCCGAGCGGCUGGGUGAGCAGAAUUUCCACAAGGCCCGGCGCUUCGUGGAGCAGGUGGCACGGCGGCUGACGCUGGCCCGGCGGGACGACGACCCCCUCAAUGCGCGCGUGGCGCUGCUGCAGUUUGGCGGCCCCGGCGAGCAGCAGGUGGCAUUCCCGCUGAGCCACAACCUCACGGCCAUCCACGAGGCGCUGGAGGCCGCGCAAUACCUGAACUCCUUCUCGCACGUGGGCGCAGGCGUGGUGCACGCCAUCAACGCCAUCGUGCGCAAUGCGCGUGGUGGGGCCCGGAGGAACGCGGAGCUGUCCUUCGUGUUCCUCACCGACGGCGUCACGGGCAACGACAGCCUGCACGAGUCCGCGCACUCCAUGCGCAAGCAGAACGUGGUGCCCACCGUGGUGGCCGUGGGCAGCGACGUGGACAUGGAUGUGCUCACCACACUCAGCCUGGGCGACCGCGCCGCCGUGUUCCGCGAGAAGGACUACGACAGCCUGGCGCAACCCGGCUUCUUCGACCGCUUCAUCCGCUGGAUCUGCUAGCGCCGCGACCCGGCCCGCAGUCGAGGGUCGUGAGCCCACCCCGUCCAUGGUGCUAAGCGGGCCGGGGUCCCGCAUGGCCAGCACCAGUGCUUACUCGGAGGACGCCCCAGGCCCGCACCCCUCCAGCUCCUCCUGCGGAGUCCCCGUAGCCCCGGACCCCACCCAGGCCCAGGUCUCCCUAGGCCCCAGGCCCUCGGGAGGCUGCCUGGCCUCCCUCCCCCUGCAGCCCUCCCAGGGCGCCUGGCCCCUGAGCUCUGGAGCAAGCCCUGACCCAAUAAAGGCUUUGAACCCA